AUGUUGGUGCUGAAAUCCCUCCUGCUGGUCCUGCUAGGGGCAGAAUAUUCCCAUUGCGCUCGAUCUAUCGUCGAUGUAUUCAACCUGGAAGUUGAUUAUUCAAAAUGGAACUCAGAUCUGGCGCCCGUCAUAGCGAACCUGUCGAAACGCAUGCGAAGGGAGUUCUUGCCCAUUGCGCAGGAAAUCCUCUACGAUGAUGAGAUUCCGGCCGAAUGUCUUCAAAGUUUCUUGAGAUUGGCCUCGGGACUGAGUGAUGGAAAAAUGUGGGCACUUAGAUUUUUGGAUUCAUCCGGCGGCCUCUUGCCGGGUUCGCUCAAGGGUCGUGUCGCUUCUCUGGGCAGUUACGACCAAUGUCUCGAGACUCGAGUUCCUGAUAAAGAAGAUCCAAAAAAGGUCGCUUUCGGGGGUCAAUACUGCACAGCGUCAAUGGUAUUGAGAAAACAGCCGCUCCUACACAGGAUUCUACCCAGUCUAUUGCGACAGGACCCAGAAACAAGGGAUCUUUUCGGAAAAGGGAAUCUGUCGUAUAUGACGGAUAUAUUGGAGAACAUCCCGAUCGGUUACCGGGUCGGGAUCUGCCUGCCCUCGACCUGCAACUCCUCUGUCAUUACUCAUCUUGUGGAUAAAUUCGGCGGAGAAUACGGAGUCCACGCGGACAUACUAGGAUGCCGGGAUCAAAUCACGGAACGGCCGCUGAGCAUCGGUACCCGCAUAUCUGGUGUUGUCUUCGGAUGCAUGAUCUUCCUCGUCGUAGUGGGAACCACGGUCGACAUCUACUGCGGCGACGACCAACGAGGCGUCAUCCAAGUCGCUCGAUGCUUCUCAGCCCGAGCGAACUACCUAAAACUGACAAGUACCCGCGUGGCGCCUGAAUCACGACAUGUGGAUUGUAUACACGGAAUUCGAGUUGUGAGCGCCAUUUGGAUUCUCUACGGCCACUCUUUCCUCAAAGAAUUGGGGCUUUGGGAGGGCCUUAAGUUCCUUCUGCUAGUACCCCAGAGCCCUGCAGGUACUAUCAUCACUCAGGGAUUUUUCGCCGUGGAAACCUUCUUCACGCUCACGGGCUUCACCUUGUACAAGUUCAUCGCUCAAGAAAGGAAGACGAACAAGAUGUCCGCACCGAUGUUCGCGUCGAUGGCGGUUCUACGACGCGGGAUCAGGCUAGGGGUAACGGGCAUGGGAGCCUUGAUGACCAUUUAUUUGAUGCCCCUAAUCACUUCGGGGCCGGCUCUCGACUAUCUCUAUCCGUAUAUCGAGAAAAAUUGUAAUUCGAGAUGGUGGACGUAUCCCCUUUUCAUAAACAAUUUUUGGAGCAUGGAGGAAGCGUGCGCUGAAAAUCAGUGGUACACUGCUGCAGACAUGCAGAUUGUUUGCAUCCUCAUUUUCCCUGUGCUGUUGAUGGUUCAAAAGCCAGCGAAAGCCAUCCGCAUCCUUGUGUGCCUCAUCGGCGCCUCUAUCUUGUACACAUUGGGCCUGAUGAGCUACUACGGGGCUGCUCCGGUACUUCUAGUCCUACCCACACAUGCAAGCGCGACGCUGCACUACGUGCUCCAUAUGCACCAUCAUGGUUUGCCGCACCUGAGCUCGACAUGCGUGGGCGUGCUCGGUGGAUAUGUGAUUGAGAAUUACCGAGAUGUGGAUCUCGGCAAGACCUUCUAUAGAAUAGGUUGGAUCCUCUUCAACUUCAUAUCCAUCUCGCUCGUAGGCGUGUCCUACUUAUGGCAUAUGCGGCGUUCCGUCUCGACACUCGAAUCCUUCCUGUAUGCCGCUCUCUGCAGACCAUUGUGGGCCGCGUGCGUCAUUUGGCUCGUCUACAUGUGCUCAUCAGGGAGAGCUCGCUCCAUCCGAUGGCUCUUGAGCCGCCCGAAUUUCACCGUCCUCAGUCGAUUAUCGCUGAGCUUCUACUUGAUGCAGUACCCCAUGUUCAUGUUCUCAUUUCUCACGGCGAGGAAUCAAACCACCACCACGUAUUACCAAGUGUUCCGGGAAUUCUUCGCUGAUUUCAUCAUCAUCAUCUUAGCGGCUUGGAUGCUAGUCCUGUUAUUCGAGGCUCCCGCAGCGGCGUUGGAUUCGUUAGUGACAAGACGACCGCGGAAGAAGGCGCUCCCAAACGGAAAGGGGGACGAAAAAUUGAGCUAUGAAACACCAACGAGACUUGAAGUUGUCUCUCAAAGUCAGUAUAAGCUCUGA